GGCGCUUGCCAUGGUAGCGCGGCCAGGCGCUCGCCCUGCCUGCGCACAGCGGCGCUCGGCCGGCGGGGCGCCCGGGGGCUGCGCGGGGCCGGAGGCCGCCUAGGGUCGCGUCCGGCGGCGGCGGCGGCUCCAUGGGGCUGCGGGACUGGCUGGGCGCGCUGUGCUGCUGCUGCCGCUGCCCGGGGGAUGCUGCGCGCGCGGAGAAGGAGCCGCUGGUCAGUAAUAACCCUUAUGCCUCGUUUGGAGCCACCUUGGCGAGGGACGAGGAGAAGAACCUGUGGAGCACCCCUCAUGACAUGUCCCACACUGAAGCCGAUGAUGACAGGAUACUGUAUAAUCUGAUUGUCGUCAGGAACCAGCUGGAGCAAGAUUCUGAGGAAUGGCAAAAACUGAACUACGACAUCUAUACCUUGCGGCAAAUCCGAAGGGAAGUGAGAAGCAGAUGGAAACGUAUUUUGGAAGAAUUAGGGUUUCAGAAGGAAGCGGACUCCCUGUUAUCGGUGACUAAACUUAGCAUCAUCAGCGAUUCUCAGAACAUGAGCAAAGCCCGGGAGAUCCUGUUAAAGAUCUCUGAGGAGACAAACAUUUUCCCAAACAGCUGGGAGCUCUCUGAGCGAUACCUCUUUGUGGUGGAUCGUCUUAUUGCACUGGAUGCUGCUGAUGAAUUCUUUAAGAUGGCCAGCAUCGCCUACCCAAAGAGACCCAGGGCAGCGAAAGUGGAAGACAAUCCGAAAGAAAUGCAGCACGUCCUUGCUCCAUUGCCCUGAAGAGACUGCUUGGGCAGGAGGUGUGCUGGAUUUCCUUUCCCUCACGGGAGUUGGCUUACUCACUGAGGUUAGCCAAAGUGAUGUGAUUUCUUUCCUUCAGAGGACAUGAGUGGAUCCACAAGAGCAGAGUGCCCAAGUAAAAUGACUUUAUUGUGAGCAUGGAGCGCAAGGGUGGCACAAUCAAAAAGAUCCAGGGGGGCUAAGAGUGGGCCUUGGUGCAGGGAUGCCUCUCAGUGGAAAGGAGCAAGUGCUGCUAUGAACCAGAGUUCUGCGGGUGGAAGAAUAUGAGACACCAGUGUCUGAGCAAGGACGUGGGCGUGUGUUUGGGGAGGAGGAAACCCACUGUACAAAGUGUUGCAAAGGCUGGGAUGCCUCUAGUUAGAGCAGCAUAUAAAGUUCUGUAUUUCCGGUGGCUUCCAGUGGCAUCUCAUAACUGGAUGUUCCCUACAUUGUCCUUUGUAGUCAGAAGAACCUCUGAGAGACUAUUUAUUUUAACUGCCUUUGACUAGAAACGUAUACAACCUCUCUCCAUGAUGGUCUCAUCCCUCGACCAAAAUGGACUGUAUUGUGCAUUAUGUAAAUGAUACUUUAUCUUCCCCAGUUCCCUCAGCAGCCAAGGUAAGACACAUGGGGGCUGAUCACACUAGGCACUGGGAAGAUUCAAUAGGCAGUGAGCGGGUGAGUAAGUCUGAGUGGAUUUAGUUACAUGUGUCAAGGACUGCCCUUGUCCAGUGAUGCAGUCAGAUUCUGAUGCGGGUAUGAUUUCCCAUUUCGUCAGCAGUGCUACAGAAAGAGAAUAUCCCUACCCUUCUUAUUUAUUCAGCCCUAUAGCUACUCUUGCAAGUGGUGGCAGAAAAUCAAAUCCUAUUCCUCCGGCUGGCAUCUUCCCUCCCGAGAUUGAAAAUUGGUUGUCCAGGAUUGAGCUCUGUAACUCAAGCAUGAAGCCAGUGAAGGAUCCUGAUUCCAAGCUUAGCUCCCAGUGAGAUUCUGUUCUAAAGACUUGUUUUGCAAAGCACGUGUGACGCUGGGGUACAGAAACUUUUUCAUUGGAUCUCUGUAAACAAAUCGGCCAAGACCUUCCAAAGUGACUAGUGAUGUUGGGAUGCCUCCAUUCUUUGAUACUCAACUUGACCCUUUAAGGCGUCUCUGGUUGGGCCCCCAAAAUCACUAGCUGCUUUUGGAAAACCUUGGUCGUCAUAACUGCAUUAUUUUAAAUGGG